UAGUCACGUGGCGCAAGGCGGGCAGCCAUCUUGCUACAAACACAAACACUGAGGAUCGGCUGCAGCGGGAGCGCUAGCGCGCGCCGCCCCCUCCUUCGCCUCCCUUCCCCUCCCCCCUCGCCGGCCAGUCUGCCGCGCGCCCUAGCCUCGCGCCACCAACGCCCCGGAACUGGAGCCCGAGCCUGGCGCAGUCGGCCCGGGAUCGCCCGCCCGCCCACCAGCGGAACUUUUCCAGAUGUGAAGGGCCCCUGGUCACCGUUAUACUAAGGACCAUAUCUGAUAACUGCUGACCCCUGGCUCAAGCCCUUGCACCAGCCUCUGCCUGAAGAGAGCCAUCUCCUCUAUUCCCUGUCCCCAGGUACCUGGGGGACAGAUUGCCAGGUUAUCCUCCUAGAUUGGUUUAUCUCUGGCCAUCUUAUGUUGUGAAUGGCCCUGCACAACUGUCUAUAAUCCAGUGCUCCAUCUUCCUUCCCUGUUUCCAUUUAAGUGUUUGGAUAUCAAGUGUCAAGCCUCUACCUUCCUGUCACACUCUCUCCAUCUCCUCCCAACUUCCAGCCUUGAGGAAGCAGCUUCACAAUGGCAGCAGAAACUCUCAACUUUGGUCCAGAGUGGCUUCGGGCACUGUCAAGUGGGAGUAGUGUGAUCUCCCCACCUCCUUCCCCUGCCAUGCCUAAAUAUAAGCUGGCUGAGUAUCGUUAUGGGCGUGAAGAGAUGCUGGCACUCUAUGUCAAGGAGAAUAAGAUCCCAGAUGAAUUACAGGACAAAGAAUUUGCUGCGGUGUUACAAGAGGAACCACUGCAGCCACUGGCAUUGGAGCCUCUGACAGAAGAGGAGCAGAGAAACUUCUCCCUGUCAGUGAACAGUGUGGCUGUGCUGAGGCUGAUGGGGAAGGGGGCUGGCCCCCCCCCAGGCGGUAUCUCUCGUGGCAGAGGCAGCACAAGGAGCCGAGGCCGGGGUAGAGGUGAUAGUGGCUUUUACCAAAGAAGCAUUGAAGAAGGAGAUGGAGCUUUUGGACGAAAUCCCCGGGAGAUCCAGCGCAGCCAGAGCUGGGAUGAUAGAGGCGAGAGGCGGUUUGAGAAGUCAACAAGGAGAGAUGGAGUGCGUUCUGGGUUUGAGGAAGGAGGAUCAGGACCCCGGAAGGAACAUGCCCGCUCAGACAGUGAGAAUUGGCGUUCUCUACGGGAGGACCAAGAAGAGGAAGAUGAAGGCAGCUGGCGACUUGGGGCAGGUCCCCGUCGAGAUGGAGAUCGAUGGCGUUCCACCAGUCCUGAUGGUGGACCCCGAUCUGCUGGCUGGCGAGAGCAUGGGGAGAGAAGAAGAAAAUUUGAGUUUGAAUUGCGAGGGGAGCGGGGUGGGGGUGUUGAGGAAGAGGGGCGGGGUGGGGGAGGCUCCCACCCCCGGAGGUCUCGGGGUCCUGAUGGCUUUGAUGAUGACAAGGAUGGACUCCCUGAGUGGUGUCUGGAGGAUGAAGAUGAGGAAAUGGGCACCUUUGACUCAUCUGGGGCCUUCUUGCCCCUUAAGAAGGGUCCAAAGGAGCCAAUCCCUGAGGAACAAGAGCUAGAUUUCCAGGGCCUAGAAGAAGAGGAAGAGGAGAAGGUGGAUGGGCAGAAUGGAGAGGGAACUGAGUCAGGCAUGGAGCCAGUCCCACUACCUAUCCAGGAAGAGAAAAUGCAUCCUCCAUCCCCCCUGCCCAUUCUGGAUCCUCUCUGGAGAUCUGAUGGGGAAGGGGAUGAGGCUAUUGAGAAAGAUCUUCCAGUGGUUGAAGGGGAUGAAACUAGGGUAAACUCUGAAGUUGGCUUACCACCUGGUUCUCCUGGAGACACAGAAGAUGAUGAGGGCAUGAAGCAUCUGCAGCAGGAGGCAGAAAAGCUGGUAGCAUCACUACAGGAUAGCUCCCUAGAGGAAGAACAGUUUACAGCUGCCAUGCAGGGCCAAGGACUUCGACACUCAGCUGCUGCCGCUGCUCUUCCACUCAGCCAUGGGGCUGCCCGAAAGUGGUUCUACAAGGACCCACAGGGGGAGAUCCAAGGUCCCUUCACAACACAGGAGAUGGCAGAAUGGUUCCAAGCUGGCUAUUUCUCUAUGGCACUGCUGGUGAAACGGGGCUGUGAUGAAGGUUUCCAACCACUGGGUGAGGUUAUCAAGAUGUGGGGGCGUGUGCCAUUUGCCCCAGGACCCUCACCUCCCCCACUGCUGGGAAACAUGGAUCAAGAGCGGUUGAAGAAGCAACAGGAGUUAGCAACGGCUGCACUGUACCAGCAACUGCAGCACCAGCAAUUCCUUCAGCUCAUCAACAGCCGCCAGUUCCCACAGUGUGCACUCCAGCAAAAGGCAGCUAUGGGAGACCUGACGCCUCAGCAGCAGCAACAGCUCACUGUGUUUCUGCAGCAGCUACAGGCUCUCAAACCCAGAGGUGGGGACCAGAACCUCCUUCCAACGAUAAACCGUUCCUUGUCGGUGCCAGACUCAGGCACCCUCUGGGAUUUGCAUACCUCAGCUUCAUCACAGUCAGGUGGUGAGGCCAGUCUGUGGGACAUACCAAUUAACUCUUCGACUCAGGGUCCGAUUCUAGAACAACUCCAGCUGCAACAUAAACUCCAGGAGCGGAGAGAUGUAGAGCUCAGGGCAAAACGAGAGGAGGAAGAACGGAAACGCCGGGAAGAAAAGCGGAGGCAGCAGCAGGAGGAACAGAAACGGAGGCAGGAGGAGGAGGAGCUGUAUCGGCGAAAGCAGAUUUCUUCCCAGGUUCGGCAGCAAGAACUGCUCCUAAAGCUGUUGCAGCAACAGCAGGCAGUGCCUCCAUCACCAGGCUCACCUCCUCCACUCUGGGCUGGUCUAGCAAAGCAAGGCCUCUCAAUGAAAACCUUGUUGGAGCUACAGCUGGAAGGUGAUCGGCAGUUGCACAAGCAGCAACAUCGGGAGCCUCCUCGAACCCAAGCCCCAGCCCAGCGGGCGCAUGGGGGCCUGGGCAGCGCCCCUCUAUCCCAGUGGGUGGCAGAGGCAGGACCCCUAUGGGGUGGGCUAGAGAAGAGCGGGGGCAGUGGAAGUCUGGGGCUCUGGGAGGAAACACUCAAGGGCAGCAGCAACCUGGCCAGAAGCCUGGGCCUCAAGAGCAGCCGAAGCAGUCCUUUGCUCAGCGAUUCCUAUGGCCACCCUUCUGGCCGACCAGGGCGAAAGAAGACAGAUGAGGAAGAGAAGUUGCUGAAGCUGUUGCAGGGCAUUCCUAAGCCCCAGGAUGGCUUCACCCAGUGGUGUGAACAGAUGCUUCACACGCUGAGCACCACUGGGAGCCUAGAUGUGCCCAUGGCUGUGGCGAUCCUGAAAGAGGUGGAAUCCCCUUAUGAUGUCCACGAUUACAUCCGGUCCUGUCUAGGGGACACAUUGGAAGCCAAAGAGUUUGCCAAACAAUUCUUAGAGCGAAGGGCCAAGAAUAAAGCUAGUCAGCAACGGCAACAGCAGCAGCAGGAGGCAUGGCUCAAUACAAGCUCCCUACAAGCUGCUUUCCAAACCAAUCACAACACCAAGCUGGGCCCAGGAGAAGGCAGCAAGGCUAAGAGGAGAGCACUGAUGCUGCAUGCAGACCCCAGCAUCCUGGGUAGGUAUGAUGGUUGGGGAUCCCCUCCUGUGGAGCCAAAACCAGGAGGGAGGUGUGUGCGAGGGUUAUUGGAGCAUGGAACUAGUUGGUGACAGUCUGAGAGAAUAUUGAGUUUGUUUUCAAAUCACUCACUCCCUGGCCCCAGGCUACUCCUUGCAUGGAUCCCCCAGUGAGAUCGAGAGUGUGGAGGACUACUGAAUAGCCAGCCCCCCAACCCCACCUGAAUGGGGAAAGGAGCUGGCUUGGAUACCUGGGACCCUGAGCCUGGCCAGGUUCCCCCCUGGAUAGGGGGAAGGCAGAAGCUGGAGGAAGAGGCAGAGUCCUCAGCACUUGCUACAAACCACAUGAUGCACCUUAACUCACCCACCACGAGGCACUUUACAGAUUGGGGGGAGGGGAGGGUUUGGGGGAGGGGGACUUUUUUUUUUUUAUUAAAACCUGAAGAAAUUGUUUAAAAAAACACCCACCUAGACUUCCCCCUCCCCUCCCAAUACCCUUUCUCCCCUUUGGGGGUUGAUGGGUUUGGGAUCUGAUUGGGGUGGCAAUGGAGUCCCAAGGGUCCCUUUUAAAUAAAUGAUGAGAGGGGAGGGUGGGUUCUGAUUUAAAAAAAAACACUGUUAUUUGGGGGUGAUAAGGGAACUAAGGCCCAGGGACCUGCCUAGUCCAUGUUCCUCCUCCCCUAGGCUGCACUUAGCCUUUGCUAUCCCAUAUACCAGCCCUCUGUGUAACUGGAAGCUUGGGCAAGAACAGUUUGCACAGUAGGGUCUCCUUUGACUCUAUUGGACCCAAUGUGAACUUCUUGGGGUGGUUCCUGUGAUUGUUGCUGAUGUUUCUGGGGAGCAAGGGCUGAGGAAGCCAUCCUUGCUCUGCUGCUUUAGGGUAAGUUGCACAAAUCUGAUGGGCCCACCAGCCUUGGCUGGGUAAGUGGGAAUGAGGCCUUGUGUCAGUGUUAGCCCUGUUAAGGGAGCUCUAGAAGCAGUAGCCCGAGUUGAGGGGCUUUCUUCCAUCUCUGCCUUUGGGGAGGGUGGGGGGGGGAUUAGUGCUGGGUAACCCAGUUCCCCAGUCCCCCUUAUGAAUGUAUUUUUGGGACAUGGCACCUAUGCCCUACCCCUCCAUUUUGGGCAGAAGGAAUAGGGAAUGGUCACCCCCCUCUAGCAGCUGCC